AUGACUGCAGCUGAAAACGCAUCGGAAUUCUGGCUCUAUGGCUACGGCGAAGAUCAUCGAGGAACACCGGAAGCUCCUGGGCGAGUUGUCACUCUCAUUGAGCGGUCCCACUGGGAACAGCUCACAGACCACCAUGACUCUGCUCCCGAUAAAGUAUGGGGGGUAGCUUACCGAAUCCACGCCGACCAUGUGGCAGAAGUCAAGGAGUAUCUCGACAUCCGAGAGAUCAACGGCUAUUCCAUCCAUUACACGCCAUUUCAUCCCGCCGAUGGCUCCUCGCCCAUCCGGACGCUGGUCUACAUCGGCACGCCGGAUAACGAGCAGUUUGUCGGGCCUCAGGACCCUCAGGAACUUGCCGAGCACAUCUUGCGUAGCCGUGGCCCCAGCGGGCUGAACAAGGACUACCUCUUCGGCCUCGACACGGCCUUGGCCGACCUGUGCCCGGAGAGUGAGGAUGUCCACGUGAGCGAUCUCGCACGUCGUGUGAGAACCCUUGAAGCCGCGGCCAACGGCUCAGCAAAGGCCCCCCGAGCUUCGCCUCAAAUCGCCAAUUUCAAACAGGAAAGCAGCACAAGGGAGGCGGAGGAAAUCGAAAAAGUUGUCUCAUAA